AGAAACUUCAGAACACAUAUGUAAACGUACGGUCUAACUAUGGAACAUGUUUUUCAACGUUUAUCAAUAUCAAACCUACCUGGUCCGAUCUUCUAUAAGUAUUCCACAUUUCUAUUGAUGCCUUAAAGCUCCAAGGAAAGAAUAUAGAUAGUCUUUACUAUAUUGAUCAUAUAUCCCUUUUUUUCCUUCUCUAAAGUCUUUUUGAUCUUUAAUUAUAUGAAGAGCAAGAACGUUACAAAACGUGAAGAGUAUCAAAGGGUAUUUAGUUGCUUUGACAAGAGCCAACAAGGGAAGGUUCCUGUUUCCACCAUCGAAAGAUGUGUGGAUGCUAUUAAGUCCGGGGAAAAGGCCGUACUGCCAGAAGAAGAGACAACGGAUACACAUACUCAUAAAGCCUUGGAACUCGAGGACUUCGUGAAGCUGGUGGAAGAAGGAAACGAGGAAGAAAAGGAGAAGGACUUGAAGCAAGCUUUCAGCAUGUAUCAAGAGAGUCUAGAAGGCAUCACGCCUAAAAGUUUAAAGAGGAUGCUAAGUUUGUUAGGGGAGUCCAAAAGCCUUGAAGACUGCGAAGAUAUGAUUUCGCAAUUUGAUAUUAAUAGGGAUGGAAUUAUUAAUUUUGAUGAGUUUAGGGUUAUGAUGCAAUAAUAUAUAUACAGUUUUACAAACUAGCUACCAUUCUUUACCAAAGGACUUGUAACAAGUCUUUGAAAUUAAAGGGUACUCUCUCUUGAGACACACAAUAUUGACAUCCCAAACUUCACCUCUGAGACCUUCAUUCAACCUGAAUGGCCGAAUCUCGACCAAACGUGGAAUCAUCAUCAUAAUGUAUAGGGAAACUCUUGUAAUUAUAGAUCUUUCUAGAGGUAGGUAUUGAGAUAUACAUUUGGAUUCGGAUUCGGAUUCGGAUCAGAUAUUUUGGUAUACAAAUAUAGAACCCGUUUAGGUAUUUUCUACACUUCGGAUCCAAAUUUGGUAUAUGUAAUUCAGGUAUUUGUAAUUCCAGUCGUAACUCAUGAUCAAAAAAUAAAAUCUG